AUGCUUACGCCCGAGUCUUCGCGCGCUCGUAAACGAUCUCGCUCACCCGCUUCCGGCGACGUCAACCCUCAUUCCAAAAGGCGCCACAGUCCCUUCUGGGACUCGCUGUCGCGCAUCUGGCUUACCCCUUCAGCACUCCGCGAGCUCGACCGAAGGAACUCGCCAGCGUUGCAGCCUGCGCCUACGAUCGACAUCAGUGUCGGUUCCCUUGCAACUUCCGACAGCGCUAUCCGGCGGUUCGCAAGACACGGCGGCCCCGACUUAACAGACGUGCGAAGCGUAAGUUAUCCUCUAUGCUUCCCGUACACCGCUAAUUACGUGCGAUCGUCUGCACAGGACUACCGCUCGUCUCAACGACCUUCUCAACCGCAGACUAAAUCGUCCGGAAGAAGCAGCCUAUACGACAAGAAUUUUGAGCAGAGUCUCACAGACCAUUGCGUAUUUGGUCCGCUAUACAAAUAUCCGGACGGCAGAAGCCCCCAGCAGGCGCACAAUGUCCAGGAGGUCAAGGAACGGCUGAGACAACCGCACGCUUCACUAUCGUCGUUUGGCGAAGACGACUUCGUAAAGUUCCAGCAGGACGUUGUCGACAGUUUCAAAGAAAGCGGCACGUCCGACGCGGUUCUCGGCUGGCUAGAAGGGACUAUACUGGACAGGAGGUACCGCGGCGGAAGAAUAACGUUCUUCAACUUCAAGGAUCUCAUCGAUGUCAAACUUACCGCGGCCGUUUCCGAUCUAUACUACGGGGCCCGUCCCGAGCAGAUAAAUCGCCGGAUCCGGGAACAACUAUCGGACCUUAUCGAACCGUCUACACAGACUAGCCUUCCAGCAGCUCCAAAUUUCUUUCUCGCUGCCAAAGGAGAGGACUGCACGCCUGCUGUUGCUCGUAGGCAAGCUAUCUAUGACGCUGCGCUCGGAGCUAGGGCCAUCCAAGCUCUAGAGUCCUUCGGCAUAGAUCAGACCGUAUUCGAUAAUCGCAUCAAAGCUAUCUCUUCCACAUACAUCAGCGGGGCGUUAACUCUAUAUGGAACCCAUAUGCUUCCCCCAGUUGGCCACGGUGCGGCUGUUACCUAUGUCACCACACGACUUAACGCUUAUGCGCUUAUCGGCGAUGCGGAAACAUGCCAAAAGGGUCUGACCGCUUUCCGUAAUGCAAUUCUGUGGACUAAGGAAGUGAGGGAGGCCGCAAUUCGGACAGCUAACCAACGCUUUUCGGCGAUGCCUUCUUCGCCGGCACGAAUGCCUUCCCUCGGACAGCGAGGGCCCAGCAAUAUCUCGGAAUCAGAUACGUCCGCCGACGAGCUUGCACGCUAG